GAAAGCCGCAAGAAUCCAAAUCGUUGAGUGCGAUAGAGAAAAUCCCUUGUAACUACAUUUUCUUCAAAUCCGAAAAUGGCAACCAACUCUUCACCAGCAACCACUCUCUCCCUCUCUCUCGCCCGAUCAAAACCCACUUCUCCUUCUUCAACUACUUCUUUAUCUUUCUCUAGCUCAUUGUCCUUGAGCAGCAACCGGGCCGGGCUCAAGCUGGUUACCCGUCCCAGAUCCGCUCCUACAAAGCGCUUUUCUUGCAAUUGCUUGUUCGGGCUUGGGGUGCCGGAGCUUGUGGUCAUCGCCGGCGUCACAACCCUCCUCUUCGGCCCUAAACAGUUGCCAGAAGUCGGCCGCACUAUUGGCAAGACCUUCAAGAGCUUCCAACAGGCAGCAAAGGAAUUUGAACUGGAGAUGAAAAAGGACCCUGGUGCUCUAGCCGAGCCUGCUAUAGAGGAACUAAAAGCUGUCAGUCAAGAAGAGAAGACGAGGGAGGCUUCCUAAACUACUAUGACGAUACAUUCAAUCAUCUACUACUGCUACUAGGUUUGUUUUUGUACGUCGCAUUUGAUUUCUGAAUAUUGUUGAUUGCUAAGCUAAGUUAUAGUGUUUGAAUUUCUUGGAUGAGUUAGUAUUUGGUAAGACUGCUAAUAAGAUCUUUAUAUGGGAUUAGUUUGCCAUAAUUCUUUUCCUUA